AUGCAGCCAUUUGAAGAUCGAGUGAAGCCAUCUUCAACAAAGGGUAGAAAAGCUAAUAUCAAGCAGAAAAAUGAUAUUUGUAAUAAGCGCGUUCAAUAUGGUAAGGGCCGUUUAGAAAUACACAAGAGAACACACAGAACUCAUGCCUGCAAAACAUGUGGUAAAGAAUUUAAGUGGAAAUGCAUUUUUCUACGUCAUGAAGCAACGCAUAGUGAAGACCGUCCUUACAAAUGCGAUAUUUGCAAUAAGAGUUUUAAAUUCAAAGAGUAUUUAAAAAUGCAUCAGGAAACUCAUACUGAUGAACGUAACUAUGUUUGUCAGCAUGAAGUAACGCAUAGUGAAGACCGACCUUUCAAAUGCGAUAUCUGCAAUAAGAGGUAUAAACGGAAAGAGCAGUUAAAAAGGCAUCACGAAACUCAUACUGAUGAAUGUAACUAUGUUUGUCAGAGCACGACGGAAUAUUUUUAUGAGAAAAUAAAGAUUGAAGAAUUGAGAGGAGCUUCAAGUGGAGCUUGA